AAUUAACCCCUCGCCAUGCAUGGAAUAGUCUUGAAGAUUAGGUAACCUGCCUCUGCCCAACUCCUCUAUAUAAACCCUAAUUCCUACUCCACGUUCUCAACACACCCCUUUCAAUGGCUUCUUUUACAGUCAGCAGUGUGUUGUUUGUGCUCCUUGUAGUUUUCUCAGGGAGCUCUAAUGCUCAUCUCUCUACUGAUUUCUAUUCUAAGACUUGUCCAAAAGUCCUCUGUACAGUGAAACCUGUAGUGCAAUCUGCAAUUGCUAAAGAGCGUCGGAUAGGUGCUUCUCUCCUUCGUCUGCACUUUCACGAUUGUUUUGUCAACGGGUGUGAUGGAUCGGUACUUCUGGAUGACACUUCUUCAUUCACAGGGGAGAAGACUGCUGGUCCAAAUAACAACUCAAUAAGAGGAUUCGAUGUUAUCGAUAAGAUUAAAUCAAAAGUGGAGAAAGUGUGCCCUGGCGUUGUUUCUUGUGCAGAUAUUUUAGCCAUUGCAGCACGUGACUCUACAGUAAUUCUUGGUGGACCAAGCUGGGAAGUUAAACUUGGAAGAAGGGAUUCAAAAACUGCAAGUUUAUCUGCAGCCAACAGCGGUCAAAUUCCUCCUCCCACAUCUACUCUUAGCAAUCUCAUCAACAGAUUUAAAGCUAAGGGUCUCUCUGCCAAGGACAUGGUUGUUCUAUCUGGAUCACACACAAUCGGGCAAGCAAGGUGCAUAAGUUUCAGAAACCGGAUAUACAAUGAAAGCAACAUUGAUAGCUCAUUUGCUAAGGCUCGGCAAAAGAAUUGCCCUAGGGCCGCUGGCUCAGGAGAUAGGAAUCUAGCUCCAUUAGACCUUCAGACUCCAACCUCUUUUGACAAUCUGUAUUACAAGAAUAUCUUAAACAAAAAGGGUUUACUUCACUCAGAUCAAGUGUUGUUCAAUGGUGGAUCCACCGAUUCAUUGGUUACUUCAUACAGCAAAAAGCCUAAAGCCUUCAGUGCUGAUUUCGCUGCUUCGAUGAUCAGGAUGGGAGACAUUAGCCCCCUCACUGGAUCCAGUGGUGAGAUCAGGAAGAAUUGUAGGAAGCCAAAUUGAAAUUAAAGAAAAUCAUUUUCUGAUUGUUUGAUGGAACUUUUAAGUGUUAAAAAGAGUAUUUCAAGUAGGACUUGUCUUUAUUUUAAUUUGUUUUCCUUCUCCGUGAACAAGUGUAUCACCGUGCAAAUAUGUAACGAUAUUUACUAUGAAUAAGAAGCUCCUCAAAGAUGUUGGCUAGGU